AUGGCGGCCAGAUGGUUUCUAACUCCAGGAGCCCUGGGGCAAAAGGCACCCGGCGGGCCACCUGCUAUUGGGGACCUGGGAGCCCUGCGUGCGCAGCCGCCUGGCCGUGCGACCCUGCGAACCAGGCGGACCGGUUCCCCGCGGCCCGGGGGCAGGCAGCGUGGAGCCGUCCUCCGCCUCAUCUUUCCCGAGCAGGGAGGAGAUCCCGAGGCCACAGGCCCCCGACUGGUUAUCAGGUCCCGGAGCGCGAGGGCCUUUGUCUCCCCCACGGCCAACCCGCCGGCAGGAUUACGUUUCCGAGCCGAGGCCACUGCCAGGCGUCCCCAGGGCCCGCCGGGGCCCACCGCGCCCUGUGGCCUGCAGCGCUGGCCUGUCCCCGAUCGCCUCCCCAAGCGAGCGGAGGAGCAGGGCCCCAGCGCUGAGCUGGGGCUGGGGGUACACGGACGCCAGAGUCCUGGCUGCCAAGUACAGCUUCAAGGCGACAGCGUUUCUUCUCCUCCCGCCCCCGCCAAGUUGCUGAUCGAUCCACUGCCUGAAAUUCGGGAGCUCUCCAGGCGACGCUCAGAUCUGGAGAGAUGCGAGCGCCAAAGGCAACCAGACCGCAGGGAGGGACCGGCCGAGCGCGGGGCAGCUCUGCCUCGUCGGGGCAUCUCUCCGGGCCGCGCGCUCCGAGCGCUCCUUCGGGCACCGGUGCGGCAGCCUGGGCAGCAGGCGGCGCCGGGCGGGAACCCCCCGAGGCGGGUGCCAGCACCGUGCGCCCCAGGAGCCCCGGGCCGUUGCCUGGAGCUCGGCGACCACGUCCGCCCCUCACCGCCCCGCACCGAGGCUGGCUUAGCGCAUUGCGGCGACCUCGCCUCCUCCUCCUCCUCGCCGGGCCGCGAGCGCGCGCCGCAGCUGGAGAAGCGGCGCGGACGGAGGACUUUUCUCGCGUCCGAGGGCGCUCCGCACCAGUUGCAGCACGCCGCCGCGCCGGGCCCGCGCCGGGCGAUGGAGCUGGGACUGACAGAAGUGUGA